AUUCAUAGAUAAUUUGUUAAUACAGAUUUACUCUGGUAUAAGUGAUUGAUUAGUAUUUUUCAUAUUUCCGGAAUUAUCCGAUCAUUUCUGUUGGAUUUAAUGCUUUCGGAAUACCUCGGAUGCAAUUUGUAAACAAGAUUCGUUGAAGAGGGAAGGGAACUCAAUACUCGCUGAAACAUUGAAAAAUGUCGAUAAAUACGGCACAUGCCCAAGGAGGAGUUUUGAUUUUCGCAGGAGAAAGAAUUUUAUUAUACUGCGAUGAUGUAGAGAUGGGAUUUGAUGGAGAUCAUCAACCCGAGUUCAAGGGUAACAAGAAAGGUCGACUUUACCUGACGACGCACAGGGUGAUUUUUAAUUCCUCCUCCAGUAAGGAGGCCAUGCAGUCCUUCAGUAUGCCGUUCUACUGCAUGCGGGGAAUCGAGCUCGAACAACCCGUGUUUGGUGCAAACUACAUCAAAGGAAAGCUUGUUUCUGAACAAGGAGGAAAAUGGCAAGGUGUGGUGAAGAUCAAGAUGUGGUUCACGGCGGGCGGUGCCAUUGAGUUUGGACAAGCUAUGUUAAGAGCUGGACAGCUUGCUUCCAGAUAUCAGGUACAACAACCUCCCCCAUACACCCCUCCCCAGGGGCCGGUCUACCAGGCCCCUCCCCCCAUGUAUACUCCGCAGUAUGACAAUUACAACUGGGUUCCAUUCGGUGCAUUUCCAACAGCACCUCCAGCCCAGCAAGUUUAUAUGACAGAGUCACCACCCCCCUACUCAGGUAUUGAGCCCACAGCUCCACCCCCACCAAUGAAUGGACACCCACAGGGGGCAGAUGCGAAAGCGCGGGAGGCAGCCAGUUCAGCAUACUAUUCUCCAUCAGCUCCCCACAAUGUCUACAUGCCACAACAAGCUCCCAACAAUGUCUACAUGCCCCAACAAGCUCCCAACAAUGUCUACAUGCCUCAGCAAUUCCCCUCUGGUGCCCCACCAUCCUACUCAGAUGCAGUCAACAAGAAAAAUCAGUAGAACCAAUAUUUACUGAUUUUGGCUAAAAUUUUAUGGUGUUGGAUCCAAGUUCUGCAAAAUUGGUUAAUGUCGAAAUCAUUUUGUUUAUAUUAAACUUUUAUUAUCUGUAAUUUGAACAGGUAAAACUGUUGUGUUCAUUGUUGGACCAUUAUAAAGGGAGAUAUAUACUGGCAUUCAUUUGGUCUGUCUGUGUGUCAUGCUGAUGUUCUUUGUGUGGUAUUUGAUACCAGGCUUCCUCUGUGUACUAUGUGGGAAACGUACAGAUCCUGUACUCACCUUUUACCUGGUUGCUGCAUGUCACAAACCUCACUCUGUAAUUCUACAGGAGGUAUGAAUUGGUCUGUUGUAGCUCAUAUGAGAUCUCCCCUGUCUGUGCUUUUCUUGUAUAAUACAACCCAUUCUCAGUUGUAAACAGGCUUUUGAACUAUUACAUGCUUUUGAUGAAAUUACUGGUACAGGAAAUGAACAGAAUUGGUAAUCUGCACUGGGGGAUAUAGACAGUAUCGAAAUAUCGUCAUACUGAUAAGUGCUUGUUAUGUUGUUAAUAUAAACAUCUACAGUUGGUAUUAUUUAGUAUGUUAUGUACAUAAAGUUAAGAAGUUGUUUGUACUCAUAAUGUGUCAUCAUUCUGUGUUAUAGAUUUGUUUUAUUCCUGUCAUGUACUAUAUUAAUUGUCCCCAGUCAUUUGUUAAUCAGUCGUGGUUGUAAUUAGGAGAUGACCUGUUGAUUUUCUCUUGAGGAAAUUCUCGCUAUUUUCAGAAAACCAGAUGUGAACAAUGCAGUUGAGCUGUGUUUUUAUUCUUUUUUUUUUUUUUUUUUUUUUUUUUUUAAAUUUUCAUGGGAAGUAUAUGUACCUCGUAAUUUACUUCAAAUACAAGCAUAUUGAAAGAUUAAUUAUGAAUGUACACAUACAUGUAAUUUUGAUUUAGGAGAAAAAAAUCUGUCAUAUAGAAAGAUAUCAAUUCACUCCAUUAAUUUGUUGAUAGCAGUUAGGAGAUAUUUUGCAAUGUUUUAAAUGAUAUUGUUAAAUUUUUGUUUUAAUUGCAUACAAUACAAUUAAUUAUCAUGA